AUGGUGGAAGGGAAACAAAAGUUGCGGAGCUUCUCUUUCUCCGGGAAAUUAUUCUACCUGGAUCUUCCACCCAACAAACAAACGCAGCUCCUCACGAAAGCUGUUGGCAGGCUGGGAGGGGUCAUUGAAAGCUUCCUUAGCAGAGAUGUUGACUACGUGGUGACUGGAAACAAGAAGGUGACCGGAGGAGGGAGCGCCAGAUACCAGAAUGCAGGAGGGAUUGAGUCAGCUCAUUACAGCCGUGGGAAACAGCUCUUGAAGAAAGUCAUUCAGAACCAGGAUUGCAGCAGUGUUCUCACCAAUGCCUGUUCUUGGGGUGUCUCUAUCCUCCACGUGGAUGCGGUCUUGGAGUACCUCGAGCAUCUGGACUGUCAACCUCAAAACGGAAUAAGUGACCGACCCAUAGAGGGAAAAGCCGAUGCUUCUGUAAAGCCAAGCCGGAAAGUUGGUAAACUGAGAGGUCUCUUCUUGAAGAUUGAAGACCAAAGCAGAAAGUUCCGACCUCUACAGUGUACGUUCUCCAGCUUUCCAGACAUUUCAUAUGCGUCUUCGGACAGGAGCCCCUUUGAGACUGUCCAAACGCCCAACAGCACCCACAAGGAGAAGGAGCCAGGUGAACAAGAAGAGGAUCAAGGGGAGAAAAGACCCCAAACGAAGAGGAAAGGAUAUUGUGAAUGCUGUGAUGAGACCUACGAACAUCUCAAUGAGCACCUGGUUAGUGAACGCCAUUGCCGGUUCGCUCUCAUUCCUUCGCAUUACAAGCUUAUCGAUGACAUAACCGCCAAUUUCGCCUUUGAUUUCGUGGAGCUGCCUGACGGGUUUUCUGUGGAUUAUGAAAAAGGAGGCAACCGGAAUGCACCGGACGACGUUAGCGGGCCGAUGGAAAAAGAGGGGCAGCAACUGGAUCCUGUGCAGGCUCCUUUGGAAAGUCCUCGCCCCGAGGUGGCAGAAGCCGUGUCUCUUGGACGUGAAGAGCUGACGGGAAGACCUGUGCCGUUGGGCGUUGAAGUCGCAGAAAGAUUGCACGUGGCGGGUGAAACCAGAUCCAAUGAAAUAAGCUCCGGGCGGAAAGUGAUGGAAGGUUUGGGUUCUGUGGAGAUGCCGCCGGUGAACGUGGCUCCUGAGCUGCCGGCGGACACGGCCGCGCAUCUUCAUGACAAUGUCCCUGUGGACUCCAAGCUCCCGUUGCCCCUGGCAGGGGUGUCUGGCUCAUUGACUGCAGUGAAUUUGAGUGGAAACUCAUCUUCUCCUGCAGAUCUGUGUAAGCGAGCACUCGAUGAUUCUGCUGUGGACGUUCCAGUGAGGAGCCACGCCGGCCAGGCUAACGAGAAUGUUUUGUUGAAGGUUGCUGAAGACGUGCAUGAGGAAAAACAAGCGGCCGUUGCUACUGAGGUGGCAUUAAGUGAUUUAAUAACCUUGGUGCCAAAGGAGAAACCUUUGGAUACCGCAGAAAAGUCGCAUACGCGCAUGGGUAGCAACUUGGGGCCAGGUGGUUUGACUAAUUUCAGCCAAAAAGCAGAGAAAAAAGCCAGCCUUAGUAACGAUCCAUUAAACACUUUAUGCUCGGGGCUGUCUCGUGGGAGACGGCUAUUACCAGUCCAGCCUACUCCUCUCCCUCUACCCGCCGAGACAAGGACUCCCGGCACGAGCUGUCACAGAACGAAACGCAAACACUGCGGGUCACCUACCUCCCCGCCUGCCAAGAGACCCCUCGAUACGGGCAAGGCUUCCGUUAGCCAGGCGGUGGCCUUUCCCAUGUGGGUGGAAAUAUGGGAAUAUGGACGGGAAGCCCCAAUUCCUCUUUGGGCAGACUGGACCAAGUGGGACAAAGGUGAGGGUUCUGACGGCCUUGGAUUGUCUUGCGUUAUACCUAUGCUGACCCAGGAGGCCGUGUCCUCUGAGUCCGAUUGGGAUGCCCAGCUGCUACCCCAUCGUCCGAAAAGCUCCCAGCACGCCCAGCAGUACGGCCAACUUCGGACCGCCCAAGUAAACCUCGACGAGAGUUGGUACGGCAAACGGCUCUGCUCCGUGCUGGCCUGCGAUCGGGCUUCGUCUUCAACGCACUGUGCCCCCAUCACACCCACGUAGGGACUUAUG